GCGGGAGAUGGGAGGACGCCGACGAGAAUGAAAGGAUUGGAGGACAUGUUGGCUGCAUACAUGUGUGCUGAUCCUUUUCCAAUUCCAGCCCCACCUGUGGAAACAUCCACCCAAAAACCGCGCGGUCCCACUGAAUUAUCUCAAUUCGUGACCGGCCGACAAAGGGCGAUUCCGUCGUCUACUGCACUUGUGUUUUGAGUCCAAUAUGGCGCCCACUCCUCUUGUCGCUGACACAUUUUUUUCGGUUUUUCCUGAAUUCAUUUGAGUGGAGCAGAGGCGUCCGUCGUGUGCCCCAGACGCCUGCAGGGGGCCCACUGAGCCCGUCUGUCGAACAUGGCUGCCCUCACCUCACACUGCUGUCUGCUGCACAAAAGAACCGUCAGUGGCGGCGUGUUACAUUCAUUGCAACCCGUCCCUUCGCCAUUGUUUCGCUUGGACACGUUCACGUGUCGUGUGCAUUGUUUUGCAACGCAAAUAGUACGACGACGUCCCGCCUGACCAUCGCAUACACAUCCCGGCCCGGUGUGGCCGCUAUAUAUUAUUUGCCUUUCUGCGUGUACGUGUCUGUGAGCGACUCGAGCUUGUGCACGGCUCACUGGCCAGUCUCUCGAGAUGUUGUGCUGGAAGGGGCGGGGAGGCCGAGGAGAGGCGGAGGAGGAAUGCAAAGCUCCAUCCAGUGCAGAGAAGGAGUGUUUGCGCACGCAGUCCGCCUGCAACAGAGGAUCUAACCUGGGAACUUUCUCGUUUUUUGGGUCCCCCUUUCAACAAUUCCUGCCUCCAAAAGAGCCAGAGCAGCAAGCGCCUCCAUCCGUGAUUGACCAUGGUCAUCAAAGUGUACAUUGCGUCCUCCUCCGGGUCCACCUCGAUUAAAAAGCAGCAGCAGGACGUGAUGGGCUUCCUGGCAGCCAAUAAGAUUGGGUUUGAGGAGUGUGACAUUGCUGCCAAUGAGGUGAACCGGAAGUGGAUGCGAGAGAACGUUCCGGAGGAGUCACGGCCUGCCACAGGGAACCCUCUUCCGCCACAGAUAUUUAAUGAAAGCAAAUAUUGUGGGAACUACGAGGCCUUCUUUGACGCAAGAGAGGACAAUGCUGUGUAUGCAUUUCUAGGUCUGACUGCUCCCCCAGGCUCAAAGGAGGCUGAGGCUCAGCUGAAAAAAGCACAGCAGUAGCAUUCACCUUCUCUGUGUGACAACCAGAUCUAGCCUGACCAGAAAUACAUUUAGUUAAAAAAAAAAAAAAAGGCUGGAAAAUGAUAUUCUUCAUUUUUCAGAUUUUUAAGAUUCUGUCGUUAGUUGUGCCUUGUCGGCUAUCGUAAAAUGAGGUACAGCAAAAGAAAACAGAAUAUUCUGCUCUCUGCCAUGCUUCCUCGACCUACCGUAACCUCAGCCUGCUUGCCUAUUGGUCCAAUGUCAAGUCAGUCAUCCAUUUAGUAUGAUUAAAAAAUGUGCAACGUAGCCUCAAGGUUUCCUCGUGCACUAUAUUAUGUCCACGUCACACUCAUCAUUAGAAUAUGAAAAGGUCUUUAAUUUUCUUGAAUUUUAGAAAUACGGUAUAUUCCUUUUGUGCUCCUGUCUGUUCUGUUAUUGCCAAAACUGCAGCAGCACCUUCUGCGGGAGCAUCGCCAGCCCAUUUUUUCAUGUUCAUGCAUCUUCCUUCAAACUGUCUUAAAACUGUUUUAGCAGACCUUUUUCUAAGAGAAAAUACGUGAGAGUUCACACAGCGACAGAUGUGACGUUUUUAUUUGCUGUUGUUUUUUUAAUGAGUGCAACAAAUAUGUAGGCCUCCUCUUUUAUAUUGUGUUGGAAAUACCAGCCUUUAGGGUGAAUUGUAGUUGUCUUCCCUAACUUAAAAGAAAAUGCUGAACUGAAAAGGU